GCUCCAGUUUCUUGGACUGGUUCUCCAGCUACGUGAACAACGUGGUCACAGGAGAGUAUCCCAUCAUCAAAGACCAAAUCUUCAGGUACGAGCACGAGAAAGGCUGCACGGCCACCACGGGUGACAUCACCGUUUCUGUUUCUACCUCCUUCCUUCCGGAGCUGUCGUCCGUCCACCCGCCUCACUUCUUCUUCACCUACCGGAUCAGGAUAGAAAUGUCCCGCAGCGCCUCGCCUGAAGCCGCCUGUCAGCUCGACAGCCGCUACUGGAAGAUCACCACGUCCGACGGCAACGUGGAGGAGGUUCAGGGUCCGGGCGUGGUCGGAGAGUUUCCAGUGAUGACGCCCGGGAAGGUGCACGAGUACGCCAGCUGCACCACCUUCUCCACCCCGUCGGAGUACAUGGAGGGUCACUACACCUUCCACAGGCUCGCCAACAAGGAAGACGUGUUCCAGGUGGCCAUUCCUCGCUUCCACAUGGUGUGUCCUCCGUACAGAGAGCCGCAGACUGCAACGAAAGCUUCAACCAGCGACACGGCGCACUUCCACGACCAGGACGACGGUGACUUCUGCCACCGAGACGACGACGAAGAAGACCGAGACGACUUCGGCGGCCUGAGGAUCAUCAACAGGGUUGCUCUGGAGGGGUCGUGCUGUCCUGGCUUCACUUGACCUCUGACCUGCCUUCAGUCAGGGGGGCAGCCUGCAAAGGAUCAUGGGACGGCAGCAGCAACAAAGAGCCACACGUGAACUGAAUCUCUUGAACUUCCAGUUGCCAAACUAAACCCGAGUGCGGAGUAUUUUUAAGAAAUGUUACUUUUGACACAGAACGUCGGUAAAUUCAGGUAAGACGGACCAGAUGGUGGCUGUUUACUUCGUUACACGUAGAAAAAGCUGAUUUAUUUGGACUUUAAAACUUUUUUUUGGGGGGGGGGGCUGCAGAAAUGAAACACUACUGAUAAACAAACUGUAGUUUUUACAGCUGCAGCAGGAUGUGAUGUAGGUUUUAAAGUGAGAAAAAGUCCAAAA